AUCAGCCAACACUCCUCACCUACGCACAGUCGCACAGACACCGCGCGAGAGCAGCUUCACCACUUCCCUCCCAUCCGAGCCCAAGGAGCAACCAUGGCGGCGUCGAAGGCCACCCUCGUCUGCUUCAUGGCUGUGGCUCUCGCGGCGGCGCUGCUGGCGGUGCCGGGCGCGGUGGAGGCGGCGACGUGCAGCCCGACGCAGCUGACCCCGUGCGCGCCGGCCAUCAUCGGGAACGCGGCGCCGAGCGCUGCGUGCUGCGGGAAGCUCAAGGCGCACCCGGCGAGCUGCCUGUGCAAGUACAAGAAGGACCCCCACCUGCAGCGCUACGUCAACUCCCCCAACGGCAAGAAGGUCUUCGCCGCGUGCAAGCUGCGCCUGCCAAGGUGCUGAAGUAGCUAGUGCCACGAGCUUCGUCCAUGUCCCUCGCACGUUGCACGUACGCUACGUACGUUGGAGUACCGAGAGUGUGUGAGGUACUCCCUCCAUCUUAAAAUAAGUGUCUUGACUUUAUAUUAACUUUAGUAUAAAGUUAUAUUAAGAUUAAAACAUUUAUAGAGUAAGUGUAAAGUCGAGACACUUAUUUUGAAAAGGAGGGAGUAUAAUAAUAAAACGAGGGGAGUGCUAUAUAUACUUUACGAAACAGAAAUAAAUUUUGACAGUGUUGUACUACUGUGGUACGGUGCCAGCUGUUAUGUUCAUGUGUCACGUAUACUCAUGUCCUGUAUAUGGCAGCAUGUAUAUGUCAGAGUAAUAAACAUAAAUAUUUUGUUCUGUUCCGUUCCGCUCCGCUCCGGAAAGAAAGAUUUUUUUUUGAAUGGGAAAAAAAAUUAAUAAAUAAAAUCAGAAUAUAUGAACGGUAGCACCUGCGGUUACAUGUUAUAUAAAAAUGGUUUGUGGCUAAAAAAAUUAAUGACGUGGAAG